AUGAUUGGCAAUUUGGGAAACGAGACAAACAAUAGAUUGGAAUCUCUUAAUGCUUCUAAAAAUUUUAUUAAAAAGCCGCACUUCGCAAUUAAUUGUACUGAGUGGGAAAAACAAUAUUCCAAUUAUUUGACAAUUGCAGCUUUUAAAUACGUUAAAAUUGAGCUUGACCAUCACGAACAUAUUACUUUCUGGGAUAAAAAUAAUAUCGAAAAUCAAGUAGAUAAGCUAAACAUUAAUGAAAAAUAUUUUAUGAAAUGUAAAUCUCUUGAGAUAACUACAACGUACAAUAGUUGCGAAUGUCGUCAUUGGUUAUCACUCUACUUACCUUGUCGUCAUAUAUUUGCGGUUAGACGACAUUACGAUUUAUCUUUGUUUUCUGAAGAAUUAUGCGCAGUAAGGUGGUCUAAAAAUUACUAUAAAUUAACGCAAAGAGCUUUCCGAAAAACCAACGAUGGCAUUGAUGUUAAAGAAACAAUUGUUUCACAAGUUUGUUGCGAAAAAAAGUUUAAUCUAUUUGAAUCCCAAAAACAAUUAAAUUACAUUUUAAAUGAUUUAAUUCAUACGGUGAGUUUAUCAUGUGGUGAAUAUUUUACUAAGAAAAUUAAAGUGCUUGAGGAUGUAAAUAAAUGUUUCAAAAGUGGAUUUGAUAUUGAUAUCAAAGAAGUUGAUUCACGCAUUGAAGCAGAUUAUCUUCAGCUUCCUAAUAUAAGUAAUAUUUAUCAAUCAUCGACACUUUGGUUACCCGAAAAUUGGAAUUUUAAAUUAGAAUCUUUAAAAAAAAUUGAUUUUUUUUGGAGAAAACUUUCUGAAGUAAUUGUUACUCAAAGUAGUGUUGUAUUGAUGAAGCCAGCCAGAAAAAAUGUAAAUGAUUCGGAACAAUUGAUUAAGCUAGAUUCUAAUUGUAAAGUUGCUGAAGUUAAUUCACCGGCAAAAGUUAAUUCUAUUUACCCAAAAAAAUAA